AAAGCCCCAGUUUGACAUUUUGGCGCGUUCAUUGAACACCGGAAAAAAACGAUGAGCGCAACAAAGCACGACGCUAAUCGUAAAUAGCUUGCAAAUAUACGGUUGACGAAGCGGCAAUGAUGUAAAGGUUGCAGCUAUAUUCACUUGACAACUGGAACGUAAUCAUGCACAAGUCAAACGUGUCUCGGAAGCCAUCUGUGCCUUUCAAAUCACCGUUGCAGUCUUCAAGCAGGGGGAAAGUUGUGCAGGAUGAUCCAGAAAGGAGGCAAGCUCUGGAGAAACGACUUGGAGAACUAAAUAAACAGAUUAAAGAGAUGCAAGACCAGGGUUACAGGGAGGGCGAGUUACAGACACACAUUGAGAAGUUGCACGAGUAUAACGAGAUCAAGGACGUGGGGCAGCUUGUCCUGGGAAGACUGGGUAUGCUACUGGGGCAGCUUGUCCUGGGAAGACUGGGUAUGCUACUGGGGCAGCUUGUCCUGGGAAGACUGGGUAUGCUACUGGGGCAGCUUGUCCUGGGAAGACUGGCAAACCUUCAGGGUGUUACAACACGGGAUCUCUAUGAACAGUAUGGUUUGGAUCUGGAGGACUGACAAUGUCAUCGAGCUGAUUGGCUGUUACUUAGUGGGUGACCGAUCAGUGGAUGGGCUCCAAUGCAGAGUAUGCUCCUUCUCAGUGGAUGAAACAUUGACAUGCAUGGGAUUGAUUGAUAAAAAUUUGACUGACUGUUCAACAGGAUUGAAUAAACGUUCAUUCACGGACCAUGGUUUACUGAUAUGCCUUGUAAAAACAUUUGUUAAGAGUUGACAAUGUAUCGAGUUGAGAAGGUAAAACAUUGGAUAGGGAUUAAAUUGGCUAUUCAUG